AUGUCCCAGGAUUAUGAGUGGGCUAGCGGGUUGCAGGAGGCAGAAGCUCCUGCAAUAGAGGCAAGACCUGACAAAGCAGCCUACUGGAAUGGAGUAAACCAGGCAGCAGACCGAGCAGCUCAGAAAGCCCCAGAACGAGAAGCCAUUAACGAGGCUGCAAUAGACACUAUUGAAUUAGUGAAAGACGCUAUCCAAAUUCAGCAGCUACAGGAGGACACCCCACAGGAAGAUAGAACGCAACGGAAACUGCAGGGGACAUUCAAAGGAGAGGAUGGUGUCUGGAGGCGAGCAGACAAGGUGGUAACAGAACACAUUGCUCGAACUGCACCACGGGCUCUCCCAUACAGUGUUACAAAUGUGAGGAGCAUGACAGGAUUUGAGGAUAACCUCUUCUAUAAAACCCACCUCAGCUUUAUUGGGAACCGAACCAUCUGCUACCCAAUGGCGCGAUCAGUAGAAUCCCUGUUUGUGAUCACCCCGGUGUGGACCCCUUGCGGCCUGUAUACAGGGGACACCACGGGAGCACCGUUUGGAGCCGCGGGCUCUUUACGCCGAUCGGCAGCGCUGGAGCAGCGAGGGGGGCAACAGGGUCCUCGGGAGACCCGUCGGUCUGUGUCUUUAUGUCUGGUCGCCGGCCUUCCGGGAGCUGGGAAGUCCACGUUCGCACGACGUCUGCUGAAGGCCUUGCAGCCGAAGAGGCAAUCGUUGCUGCUCUGUUACGAUGAACUCAUCCCGGGAGAAGCUUUUUCGCUUUUGGGACAAACUGAUGGGGAUCGGUUAACGGAUAAUCCUGCAGCGACGGGUUCCCUCUGGAAAUUGUACAGGCAUAAGCUGCUGGUUUACAUUGAACACUUAAUACAGGCUAUUCAUGGGAAUGGCUGCCUUUCUGUUUCUGGCAUUGAAAAUGAUUCAACAUGGGAAUGUUUCAUUCAGUCACUGAAACAGCAGCAUAUUAUCUCUGGAGAAACUCAGCUUGGAGUGCAGCAGUACACAGUUUUCAACAUGUAUUUGAGACCCUUGGUUAUAAUUUUAGAUGACAACUUCUACUAUCAAAGCAUGAGAUAUGAAGUUUUUCAGAUAGCAAGGCGAAAUUCCCUAGGUUUCCUUCAGCUGUUCCUGGAGCGCCCCCUUGAACUAUGUUUACAGAGAAAUCAUGAGAGAAGCUGUCCGGUAAAUGAUGAAACCAUAGUACUGAUGUCAACAAAAAUACAGCUGCCUGAUCCUGUGAGAAAUGUAUGGGAAAAGAACAGUCUGAUACUGAAAAGCACAGAAAAUGUGUUGGAAAUAGAUAGCCAGAAGGUGUUUGAAUUACUUGAUGUUUCUUUAGAAAAUCCAGAAAAACCGUUUGAAGAAAACAUUGAACAAAAGGCAAUAGAUCGUGCUAUUUGCGCAGCUAGUGUUCUUCAUCAGGCUGAUCAAACCAUCCGUCGUUUGGUAUCCCAAUCUAUGAAAACUGCGAAAGAUAUGAAACUGUCUACAUGCAAUAUGAAAUUGCUGUCAGAAGAACUUAAUAAGCUUAAGACUGUGCUUUUGGAGGAUCUUCGACAUGUUACUUUCCAGGAUAAUUCUAAAAAGCUGUGUGCUGAUCAUAAUGCAGUUGUGGAAGAAGUUGCAUACAAGUUUGAUCAGAAAAAGGAAGAAAUUCUAAUGAAUUUUCUAAAAUUCUAGACUUGAUAGUUCUUAAUAAUGUACAAAAGGCCUGUGGCUAUUGCAUGAUAUUUUAUGCCUCAGUGCUUAAGUUUAUUUAUGAGAUCUUGAAAUUUACAAUUCAAAUUAUUCUACUGGGAAAUUGUGGGAUCUUUUGCAUGAGACUUGCAAAACUAGUAUGACCUUUCUGUUGUUAAGGUACACUGAGGAACAAACAUGGUGCAACAGUUGUGUAAUAUGUAACAGCCAUAAAUCUGCUGCCAUAUGUAUAAAUACACUAUUAUACAUAAAUAUAGCUCAGAUAUUCGAAGAUUGCUGCUUUUUACUUUUUGGAAACUUGAGGAUUUCGUCAAGUUUUGGUCCAUAAAAUAUAUAUAUAAUUUAAUGUAAAGUAUAAUAUUUUAAAUUCCUUUCCACGCACCAACUUCCUUUUUUUUUCUGGAUGUACUAUUAUUUACUUGGCUUCUUCAUAACGUGGUAAUUAAAUCUAAGCCUAGACAGUGAAGUAUCAACUCUCUCUUUUCAAAUGUGAGGCAUUCCUGCUGAGUUUGAAUUGUCCAUUAUCUAAUUUUCAAACACAGUUCAUUGGGGUACUAAGUAGCAGUCAGUUGUAGGUGUCUUUAUAAAUUUUGAUUUGCCCCACCCCAGCUAAUAAUGUUGAAGCUAGUUGUAUCAACCGAACUGUUAUCACAUAAGAAGGCCUUGUAUGGAAAAAAUUUAGUAAAUGUGGAGGAUCAAAUUUAUUAUCUUGAUAAUCUUGUCAUUUGUAGGAACCUUGGUAGUUCAUCUCCAUAUACCCUUUUGAAGAAACCAGUGUCUUUUGUUUUGCAGGUGGUUUCUUACUGCCACUCUAACUAUUAAUCUGUUCCGAGAUCGAAAAGUUGUAAUAACAUUUAUUUGGAGAACUUAGAUAAAGAUAUUAAUUUAAGACUAUUGCGUGGUCAUAGUCCUGUGAGAAGAGUCAUGAAUUUCUAUCUUUGCUGUCUAGCAUAUUUCUUUCUGUUCAUGGUAUUUUUCUGUUCAGAGUAAUAAAACAUAUUUUUGCAUUAAAAAUUCACUAUUUGGAUAGUUUAUGCUGUCUUUCAAAGACUGAAUUGAGGGACCCAGUGUGUGUCAGUACUUGAAAGAGAUUCCUGCACUCGGAAAAUCUUUGGUACGUAUCACAUUUCAUAAGUACUCCUGCACUUUGAACUUUGCAGUUGAGAUAAGUUUAGAAUGGCAUCAAAGGCAAUGCAGACAUGGUGGGCUGAAGGACCUGUUCCUUGUGCUGUAUUGUUCUAUAUUUUAUGCCACUUACAGUUGGCAUGAAAAGUACAGGGCAGAAUGAGGAUUAUUUGAUAAUUCUCCCUUUAAUCACUUACUACUGGUUAAUUGGUGAGUAUCUGGUAAAUUAUUAAGGUUUGUUCAAUUCCUAAGGUUCAAAAUAGUAUAGUGGCUUAUGCAAGAUCAGUAAAAUCUAUAAGAGCAUAACUAGAUAUAAAGUUGAAUGCAAUAAUUAAUUAGUUCUUUAAAGCUCAUUAUGAUGGCAAGACCGGUGAUGUGUCACAGUUGCAGCAUAUGAGAGUUCCUGAGUAUCAGUUUGGUCCAAAGCAAACAUAUCUGUGACAAGUGUUUGAAAUUUGAGGAAUUUUGGCUCAGACUUUAAUUUGGAAGCUGACUUACAAACACUGCGACACAUUAGAGGGUACUUGAGUUCUUUCUACCAGGAGGCUGUCACACCCCUUAGGGUUGGAUCAUUGAAUUUGGUCAAUGUUCAGGGACAAGAACCUGUGACUGUGAGUGAGGCAAGUAAGGGGACCCAGAAGAUGGGAGCCUCAGCCUCAAUUGUUCAACAAGUUAAGGUUCUUUCAGCUUCUUUAGAUGAGAGUGUAGGUUGCAGGGGGAUAAGCUGACUGUACUGGAAGAGACUCAAAAAGGGAGUGAGACAGACUGUAGUGAUAGUAUGGGACAGUAUUGUGAGGCGGGGUAACACCAUUCUUUAUGGCAGAGGGAGUGAGUCUGGAGGCUCUGUUUUCUGCCUAGUGCCAGGAUGUGGCUUAGGGCUAGGGAGGAACUUAGAUUCAGAUGGAGGAGGAUCCAUUCAUUAUCGUAACCUUCGCCCAGUCAGGAAGGAGAGAUCACAUCCAGAGUGAGACGCAGCCUGAGUGAGUAAAUAGUUUGUGGAAUUGGGGUCCAACGUGGGAAUAGAACUGGUUAAUCUUUCUUUCUUCAUUUUAAAAGUUUAAAAUUCAGUAGUCAAGUGAAAAGAUAACUGACUCAGUUGACUGAGGAACAGUUGUCAAUCAUUCUGAGGUUAUGAAAAGGGCCUUAAAGGUGUUAGUUACUAUUGAAGCUUAACUAGUGUGAAUGAUCUCAGCUCGCCUUAGCUCUUUUUAAGAAAUGGUUUGUUGAAAGUGCACGAUCAGUAAAUUUUGCAUGGUUAAGAAGGAGAGAUCACAUUUUAAUAGAGCCAAACUCCAAUGAUUGCUUGUUUCCUUGAUCUGCUAGUGUACAGAACCAAAUUGCAUUUGUAACUAUGUACAUAAAUAAAGUUCUUUUAUGAA